AUGCCUUCAAAUGAUCGGGCAGAGCCUAUCGCCAACGGUAUCCUGCCCACAGCUGUGCAGUCUUUCAAAGAUCUCUUCAUUUGGAAGCAGCGCGUGGAAGUCAUCAAUGAGUCUGGCGAAUCUCACUCAGAAUGGCAGUCACCUGAGCCCCUCAAGAAUCCGAUCAGUCUAAUGGCCCAGCUAUCUGCUCGAGACUGGCUCUUCUUCUUAGUCGGGCUAGCAGCAUGGACGGCCGAUGCGUUUGACUUCCAUGCCCUUUCCAUCCAGACCAAAAAGCUUUCCGACUACUAUGAUCGCUCCAAGACAGAUGUCACGACUGCCAUCACGCUUACUCUCCUCCUCCGAAGCGUUGGUGCGGCUCUCUUCGGACUGGCUGGUGACAGGUAUGGACGAAAAUGGCCGAUGGUGGUGAAUAUGAUUGUUCUUGGAGUGCUGCAGAUUGCCACGAUCUACAGCCACACUUUCCAGCAAUUUUUGGCAGUGCGAAGUCUCUUUGGUCUUUUCAUGGGAGGCGUUUAUGGAAACGCUAUAGCCAUGGCGCUGGAGCAUUGCCCGGUCAAUGCGCGAGGCCUUAUGUCCGGUAUUCUCCAGCAAGGGUACUCACUAGGAUAUGUGUUUGCAGCUUGUGCCAACCUGGGUGUCGGGGGCUCAACGGCCAGUUGGAAGGCCGUAUUCUGGAUUGCAGCCGGUGUUUCCAUCGGAAUUGGGCUUUUGCGCAUUGUAUUUCCCGAGUCCAAGCAAUUUCUUGAGGCAAAAAAAGCUGGCAAGCAGCACACAAGCGCGGGUGAUUUUUGGAAAGAGACAAAAUCCAUGGUGGGCAAGGAAUGGCGGAUGUGUGUAUACUGUGUCAUUCUCAUGACUUGGUUCAAUUUCUACUCUCACACGUCGCAAGAUUCAUAUACGACCUUUAUGCUCACUCAAAAAGAGCUCGACAACUCUGGUGCAUCCCGAGCAUCUAUUCUCAUGAAGACUGGAGCAUGCGUUGGCGGGACCAUCAUUGGAUACUUGUCGCAGUUUGUGGGCCGCCGGCGGGCCAUCGUCGUCGCAGCUCUGCUUUCUGCAAUCAUGAUCCCGGCAUGGAUCCUCCCAGAAGGUGAACGUGCAUUGAGUCUCACUUACCAACUUGGUAACAUGAUCAGCUCCCCGUCGGCGCAAAUUGUGAACGCUAUUGCGGAGCACACUUGGGUGACCACAGCAUCGGGGGCUCGUGCAUCAGCUUAUGGUCCCGUGAUGGGUGUCGCUACGGCCAUCAUCGCGCUCGGAAUCAUAUUUACAACUGCCAUUGGACCCGAGAAACGCGGCCGCCGUUUUGAGAGUGCUGUCGCUGGCGUAGAAAACUUGGCCCACGCAAAGCGCUUGGAUUUGGAGGCCGGCGAAGAUCAUGACAUGGAUGAGAUCAAGAUGAAAGAAUAG